AUGAAGUCCGCUGUGGCCCUUGCUCUUUUGUUAUGUGAGUUUAUAGUUAGUGUUGAGGCCAACGUUGUUGAAGAGUUUAUUUAUUUUGCAGGUUUGGUUGCACUAUCCGGUAAAGGGUUUGUAAAUGGAUUAGGGUAUAACAGAUAUGGUGGACAUGGGUUAUAUGGUGGACAUGGGUUAUAUGGCGGACAUGGUGGAUAUGGUGGACAUGGGUUAUAUGGUGGACAUGGAUUAUAUAGCGGAUAUGGUGGAUAUGGUGGACAUGGGUUAUAUGGUGGACAUGGGUUAUAUGGUGGUGGAUACAGUAGAUAUGGUGGAUUGUAUGGUGGACACAACCCAUACAGCAGUUACCAUAAUCGUGGAGGACUCUACUACAACCCCGUUCACGGCGUCCACAGUCACGAUACUUACUAGAUAUACUGAUCAACAACGUCGAACAAUUUACUCUAAACAUUUUUUAGGGUUUUUUUUUUCCAAACAAAUGUAUUCUCUGGUAUUUUCCAAAUUUGAAAAAAAAUCUAGUUCAACCACCUGCUAAUAUAUGAAACUGAUAGAUGUCAUUUAUGAAAAGGAUAAUAAAACCAAGACUAUACAAUUAGA